UCUAAAACUGUCAUCAACCAAAAUGUAUUUGCUAAUCCUGAAUCAGUCUACGAACUAACAACUGAUUUGGCUUUUGUUGAACAUUCACCAAUAAAUGCCAGUGGUAAUUAUUGGGGACUCCUCGAUUUGCACGCAAUACGUUUGCGGAUUUGUGACUUUUUCUGUAAUAUGGACAAAGCAGAAUUCUGGCUUGAACCCAUCUUUCUGACCAGCAAUCUGUCUGUAACAGCUGGUACCCAAAGUGGCAGAGACUUCACCUCUGAAGAUUUGGCCGACGUUGGUGGUGUAUUGGAUUCAGAUGUGGUGAUGGAUGCUGACAAACUAUUUGUUAUUACGAGGACGAUCCUGGUGCCAGCAGGCAUCACGCUGACCAUCAACGCCAACACAACAUUACAGUUCCAGAAAAACAGAGGAAUCUUUGUUAAAGGUACCCUAAACUUUGAAGGUGGAAUGGAAAGAGAUGUAGAAUUAUCAAAUUAUGAAAGUGGGAAGUGGAAAGGUGUUCUUUACAACUAUACUAGCAGUACGAAUCCAGGUGAAGACAUGACCAUCAAACAUGUUCAGAUAAUGGGCGCCAGUACUUGUCUGCGUCUCUUUGUCAACCAGACAGGCUCCACAUCAAUCAGAUCAGUUGGACUGUACUGUGACAACGCUCUGUACAUUAACCUGUUGAACCAACACACGCUGCAAGUAGCCAACUCAACGACGAACAAUCGCGUCACUGUUGAUGUUAAAACCUCGAAGAAAAUGGUGCUACUGCUUACUAACGUCACGAGUAAAACAACAUCAGGCAACUCACUAUAUGUGAACGUUGCUUCUGGCAAUAUCGGUGAUAUUAACGUGACCAUGUUGUCUUCAAACUAUUCCAACAGCAAUGGCUGGGUGUGGAAUUUUGAUUCGUAUUACAGCUAUGUUAGUCUAACUAUAGAUCAUAGCUCAAUAACUUCAAAUUCUGGAAUUUAUCUAAAUGCACUCUCACCCAAAGUCGACAUCCAAGUAUCAAAUGUAACUACUAACUAUCAAGCAUUUAACAUUUACUUUAGAAGCAGUACCAACUCAAAAAAUCAAAACCUUGAAACAAUUGUGAUAAAUAAAUGCAACAUUGAAGUCAAAGAGUAUCAAAAUGUUUUGGUGUUAGCAACUCAAAAUUCAGGACAGAAGCACAGCCUUGUCGUGAACAACAAUUACAUAUAUGGAAAUGGGUACAAUCCGAUGUUCGACAUCCAGACAUACAGUGCACUUUGGAAUAUUACCUUCAAAGGAAACACUUUCACUCAGCCCAAAACUGGUUGGUGUUUGAAUUUCAGAGGAAAAUGUGAAGUCUUCAAUGUAUCGCAGAACACCUUCAAUAACACCAAUAAGGCAGUGUCAGUGCAAGUUCAAAACAGUCCCAAUGCCAAAAUAUUGGUUCAAAAUAACACUAUUGCUGGAAGAAUGGAGUUUUCAUCGACAGUAGAUCUUGUAACACAGAUGUUGUUUGAACGCAAUAUUCUUCAUAAUGGUAAUAUUAUUCUUAACACACCAGACAUUCUGUUAAGAGAAAACAUAUUUGAAAAUAUUACCACUACCUAUGUAAUCAGUUUUGAGAAGUCUGGAUACGGCACUCAGUUGAUAAAUGCCAGCUACAAUUUCUGGGAUACAACCGAUGUUAAAGCUAUUCGACGAAUGAUCUAUGAUUCUUCAUAUUCUCCUGAUCUGCCAACCAUAUCGAUCAUUCCAUUUUACGAGUUCAGAAAUCUGUCCAGCCCUAUAUACCCUAUUUCGACAUUCCUGUCACCAGACGGAACGAUUGGAGGAUCUGUGGGUGGCCACGUGGUUUUGACAGCAAAGAACAGUCCGUACAGAGUUGUGUCUAACAUCGUGGUGCCCAAACAAGAGAGUCUUACUAUAGAAGCUGGUGUUAAAUUACUUUUUCAAAAGGGUUUGAAAAUGACAGUUCAAGGUAAACUAAACGUCAGUGGAACAUAUUCUUCUCCUGUUCAAGUAAUUCCAGAAAUACCUACAGAAAAAUGGAAAGGCAUAUUUCUGAAUGGUCACAUAUAUUUACCGUCAUCAAGUGAUUCAUCUAGGAUCCGGUUAAUCAAUUCACAAACACAGAAUGAGACACAAACCGAAAUUCCAUCCAGGGAAGGACGUGUUGAGAUUCUGGUGGAUGGCGUCUGGGGAACCGUGUGUGAUGACGGCUUUGAUAACGACGAUGCGAUGGUCGUGUGUCGAAUGUUGGGAUUUAAUCCUCGAGGCAACAUCGAGAUACAACCCUCGGCGGGGUACGGUCAAGGCACAGGCCCUAUUCACUAUGGAAACGUGGAGUGCACUGGAGGAGAAUCUAGUAUUUAUGACUGUGUACAUCCGAGCUUCAGUUGCAGUCACGGAGAAGACGUGGGUAUCAGAUGCCCAAGAAACCGUUUACCCAGUCCCGCAGAUAUUUUGAAUGACGUACAAAUCAGCAAUCUUUUAAUUAAUGACACAACUGAUGGCAUCACCAUUGACGGCAACGUGACAAGAUUUGUUAAUGUCACGUCUUCGCAUUCCUCAAAACAUGGCAUGGUUAUACAUGGCAACCAAAAUGACACACCAAUUUAUAACUUUAUUGGUGUGCGUGUUGUGGAUAAUGGUAAAUCUGGAAUUGAUUUCAUGACUUCUGACCAGGACCGAACAAUGAACGUAAUACUGCACAUGUGUAAUCUUAGUGCCAACGGUAUGUAUGGACUGCAUAUAUCUGUACCACAUAAUGUGACACUGUCACAAUGUUUAGUAGCAAGAAAUAAUGGUGGUGGUGUGUAUAUAGAUUCAAAACUUAAGGUCCGUUUCAAAGUUUUGUCGUCCAUCUUUACCCAAAAUAAGGAUUUUGGUGUAUCAGUUUACAGUUAUUCUGGCCGACGUUGGGCAGAUGUUACAAUCAGUAAUUCCAUGUUCACAAAACAUAAGAGGAAAUGGUCGAGAUUAUCUAACAAAGUAAUUGAUAUCGACCUAAGGUAUACUCGGCAUUUACGUAUCAGCUUACUAAGUAACAAUUUUACUGACAAUGAUAUAAGUGUUGUUAAAUUAACAUCAUCCAGUGACGACGAAAAAAGCUAUAUUGUUGUAGCUAAUAACACAGUUAACACAAAUCAAGGAACCGUGUUUCACAUAACUGCCUAUAAUAGGGCUGGAACAGUAAUUAUCACUAAUAACACAGUUAACAAAAAUCAAGGAACCGUGUUUCACAUCACUGGCAAUAGAAGAGAUGGAAGAGUUAUUAUCACUAACAACACGGUUGUCAACAACACACUGCCGUCUUCCUAUCCUCUUGUUGUUUUCCAAAAUGCAAGAAACGUAAACCUAUCAGUAAACAUUUUCAAAACUAACACUGCUCAGACACUGCUGAAAGUUAGUGGAGACACCAGCAAUUCCCCAAAUAUUUCCAUUGCCAAAAAUGUGUUCAGUGAUAACACUGUUAAUGAUGUCCUUCUAACGUCCGUCUAUGGUAUUGUUGUACAAAACAACUCCUUCAACAACCCGAAUGCCAAAUGUGAACUGAACACCCCUGUGUUCCACCGUCUGUUAUCUAUCAAUGCACGGUAUAACUACUGGGGUCAUGGCAGACUGGAACAAAUUGUGGAUCGAAUCUGUGGAUUUGACAGGAACAUGGACAAGUGUAUUGUUGACUACAUCCCCUUUUAUGAGUCUACACUACAACAGAGCCUGUCAUUCUCUGGCUUUCAAGAUCCCGUGUACGCUGGCGCCAGUGGAGGAGCAGUUCCUUCCAUGUCAACAAUGCAAGCUCAAAAGUCCCCGUUUGUGAUCAAACGUUCACUUUAUAUUGGCAUAGAUAAGCAUCUAAUGAUAGAGGAAGGGACAGAAUUGAUUUUUGAGAGAAACCGAGGAAUAUACGUUGAAGGUCAGCUCUUUGCUAAAGGCAGUACAGAAGAGAAAAUCAGAUUUAAAGCAGCAGUAAAUGAAACAUGGAAUGGUGUAGUCUUCCCAUUCAAGCCUAGUGUGGUAUCGAAGAAUAUUCGACUUGUGGGUGGCAACAGCUCCAAUGAGGGCAGAGUGGAGAUAUUUCACAACUUCACAUGGUACACAGUCUGUGACGACAACUUUGGUCGUGAUGAAGCGCAAAUAAUCUGCACUGAUUUAGGAUACAGCUCCAGAGUUUCAGAAGUGUUCAGUCGUGCACAAUUUGGAGAGGGCACUGGACCUAUUUUGUAUGAUGUUGGCUGCUCAUCACGUGAUAUAGUGCUAACAGAAUGUACAGCAUCUGGAUGGAGCACAGGUCGAUGUAAUCAUGGGGAAGAUGUUGGACUACGGUGUGGGAAAGUUCUUUUACAAGAUACCCUACGCAAUUCAUUAUUGGAAAAUGUUAUUGUGUCUGGAUCACGGAAAGGACUUGUAGUGAACACAAACACACUAAAUAUUUCUAACUGUUACAUUACCAACACUAAGGAAUCUGGAAUCACUCUGCUGACUAAAGUGCGGACAUUUAAUCUUAAUGGUACAGUUGUCACAUCGAGUUAUUUACAUGGAAUAACUGUCAAGGUCAACAGAUAUUUGAGCAUACAGAAUGGCACUGUUUCAAACAAUACAAAACAUGGAAUUUUUAUUUCUGGUGACGAAGGAGAAGUAUAUCUUACAGAGAUGACAGUCGAUGGAAAUAUAGAAUAUGGUAUUGGAGUUGAAACAAAUGGAGGAGAGCAGCAAAUGAUGACAAUCACCAAGUCUGAAUUCCUCAAUCACCAAAAUACUGCUUUACACAUGAAAAGCACAAACUCUUAUUAUAGUAAUACACAUAUCUUAAUUAAAGAUAAUAAGUAUACAAACAACACAGGACAAAGUAUUGCCAUCAACUUUGAUAAUAGUUACUAUACUUAUAGACCUCAAACUGUUUCAAUACUUUCCAACAGCUUCAUUCAGUCUGGAGCAGUAAACAUCAAAACUCGAUACAAUGCUUCUGUAGCCGUAAAGGAUAACUCUGUUAUGGACUGUAAUUGUGGCAGUGAUUGUUUCUUUACACUUGAUGUAUAUUCUGGAAGUUCUGUAAACACACCACACAACAUUACAAUCUCCACAAAUUCGUUCUCACGUGUUACAGGAAGAUGUGUUGUUUUGUUAAAAACAGACACCAAGAAAUGUCCUGGGUCGUUUCAGUACAACCAUAUCACUGCCUCUAAAGUGGUCGAAUCAACCAUACUAGUUAACAGCCCAUACAUUAAUAUGUCGUACAAUAUUCUGGAUAACCCAGCAGCUGAUUAUGAAGUUAAAGUCCUUGAAGAAGGAACUGGAGUAAUAAGAGCACAAAACAACUGGUGGGGAACAAAGGACACCGAGAGAGUGAAAACUCGUAUAUUUGACCACCAACAGGACCCACGACUGUUCACUGUUCAGUUUUCACCUAUUCUUACGGACCAGACGUUUGACUGUUCACAAGUGAAUAACUGUAGUGGCCAGGGUGAGUGCGUCCGACCGAAUGGCUGCAGAUGUCAGUCUGGCUGGGCAGGUCGAGAUUGUACUCUUUACGAUUGUUCUGAUUUAGGUAAUUGUCAAAGCAAUGGACAAUGUAUUGGACCAAAUCUGUGUGAGUGUUCCAGUGGAUGGACAGGCACGUCGUGUGUAACCGCUACGUGCUACGGCGUCUCCAACUGCAGUGGCCCUGACAGGGGACUCUGUAUUCUUCCUAACAAGUGUUUCUGCUUGUCUCAGUUCCGUGGACUCGAUUGUUCGGAAUGUGCUGAAUACCACUGGGGUCCAGACUGCUACCCAUGUCAAAUAUGUAAACAUGGAGUAUGUGAUGUCAAUACAGGAGUUUGUCGGUGUAAAUCCAAAAACUGGGCAGGAAAGCUGUGUGAUGAGUGUAAUGAAGCAUUCUAUGGUCCGGCUUGUCUGCCAUUCACAAACAUUCUGAAUAUUGUCCCAGACAGUGUGAGAGAUACAGGUGGUUCAUUGAUACAUGUGUGGGGUCACAACUUCCCUGAGACAGAUGGACAUAUAUUUUAUUGCAAGUUUGGUACUGAAGUCGAUAACGGAAGCUGGCUAUCCCACGAGCAUGUGACCUGUACAAGUCCUCAACACAAAGCAGGACAAGUCUUGUUAGAAGUGUCACCUGAUGGAAAGGAAUUUACCAGAAAUAAGACUGCUUUUAGUUUCUAUGCUGUUUGUCCUUCGGGAUCUUGUAAUCGUCAUACCACACCUCCACAAGGUCAAUGUUUAUUUGGAGGAUGUCUGUGCAACCUGCCUUGGAGUGGCCGUGACUGUGCAGUGAAGUUGCUGGCUCCUGUUGUACUACCUGUUGCUAACCAGCAGAUUUUGGAAGGUGAAGAGUAUAAUCUACAGUUGAAACUUAAACAGGGCAGCCUACCAGUACGAUGGACUCUGACGUCCCAUCCACUUGGUUUGUCUGUAGAUACAAGCUCAGGAUUGGUUCAGUGGGAGCGAGCUGUUGCUUCAGAAGACAGUCAUACUAUAAAGGUUGUUGCCAGUAACAGGAUUGGCAGCCAUGUGCUUACGUGGCAUGUGAUGGUUCCUCUGUCAUACAAUGCGACCAUUGAUGAAAUACUGCCAGGUCACAGUCUGUCAUUUCCAAGGGCAGUCACUAUUAAAGGUCAUGUGACCUUCCUGCAGUCGGCCUCACUUCUGCCCUUAGUUGAUGUCAAGAUUCGGAAUAAAGAGAAAACUACUAUGAUAUCGACAUACACAUCCCAUCAUGGUCUGCACCUAUUUGAGGCCACAUACAUUCCGAAGCCUGGUGAAAGUGGUAUUUUUGUUGUGGAUGCCCGUCACCCAUCCGAUGGAGGUUUUUCACAACAAGCUACAUGGUCAGUGAAAGGUAUGACUUGCAGUCCAAGCUAUGUCUUCAAGCAGGCCUAUUUGGAUACAGACACUGUAUCUUUUACUUCAAUAGCUAAACUCAUCAAUACAGGAGUGGACCUCUUGGAAAACAUCACUGCAAAGGUUGUAGGUAUAUCAGGACCUCUGAAGUAUUUUGUUGUCAGAAUUGGAUCACGCAGCACAGGCGAUGCUUCAAUUGUUCUCGUAAAUCAGUUGCAACCAGGAGCUGAUGUUAUAUUUGACAUUAUUCUUAAAGCCUCUAGACCUCUCCGGGGAACAAUUGGUAUUGAAUUCACCACUCCUACUGGAACAGUUGCACGGAUGCAUGUAAACAUCCAGCUAAAUAUCAGGAGGCCAGUCUUUGAACUAAGCCCAAAGUCACUAAAAGACAGCAUACCACGGGGACAUCAGAAAACGUUUGAAGUAAAUGUGACUAAUUUAGGUGAAGUAUCUGCAACAAAUGUUAAGGCAUUACUUCCCUCUGGUAGUCUGGUCAGCUUGGUCUCAUUUGGGAGAUCUACAGGAUCCACAACAACAAAGGGUGGACUCAGCCUGAAACCAGGAGAAUCUGCACUUCUGGUGAUUACUGCAACAGCCGAUUCUACCAUGGAGCUCGGAGAAACCAGUGGAACUAUUGCAAUUAAUUCGGACUUGGCAACAGCUUCUCUGAGAUAUCAUUUCUACAUAACAUCUCUCAACACACUGGACUUGAAGAUCCGAGUUGAAGAUGAGUACACGUAUUUUGCAUCUGACAAACCGCUAGUAUCUGGAGCGGAAAUAACCCUUCUCAAUCCUCGAAGGGGAAUCAAAAUGGUGUUGCAUACAACAAAUCAAACAGAUGAUGUUGUGUUCACUAACAUCACAGAGGACCAGUAUACACUGAGGGCCAAGGCACCUGGCCAUGCAUCAUACUCGGCCGUCAUUCUAGCCAAGAUGUCUCAGACUAAGAUGACCAUCUUCCUGCAGCGUAUAGCAGUCAAGUACACGUGGACAGUCACACCUACCACGUUUGAAGACAAAUACAUCAUAACUUUGGAUUCAACAUUUGAAACACGGGUACCAAUGCCAGUUGUUACAAUAGAACCAGUGGAGGUGAAUUUAAUUCCGUACGAGGAGGGCAAGAAAACUGUGAUGGAGUUUCUGUUGAGAAAUCACGGGCUAAUACGUGCUGAUAAUGUCCGCUUCCAACUGCCAGUCUCCCAUCCAUCGCUGAAAUUCACUCAGACAAUUGAAAUAAUUGGCAGCCUAGAAGCUAAUACCAGCCUAGUUGUGCCCAUUCGGGUGGAAGUGAAAACCCGUGAUAAACGCUUUGCAGCAAGAACUGUAUGUGGACUUAAAAUGCUGUAUGACUACUUCUGUGGCGGGACAAGGACUCAGAGUUCGGUUGUCACAUUACAUCGACAUUAUCCUGGCAGACCUCCAUUGCCCUGUGAAGGUGUUAAUUUUGAUGGUCGUAGUAGAGGUGAUCUUGGAACUUACCUUGGUGUGUCGCAGUCAGGAGGACGUUAUUCACCAGGAUCCUCAGCAUCGUCCACUAUGACCUAUAUCCCUGUGACACCUCUCUCAUGUAACUGUUCCAAGACACUUAUCAAGAGCUGUCUCCUUGCCUUCUACCCCAAAUACAUAGUAGCAUGUGGUUUGAGCAUCUUUGAUUUCGUAUUGGCGUCCAGCUUCAAAGAACGGGUAUUUUCAGCGAUUGAUACGGCUUUUGCAUGUGUGAUUGGUGUCCUCCAAACAGGAAUUGGCUUGGUAUACACAGCAGUCAGGUGUUUGUAUGAAAUUAAUAAAAACUGUUUGACGUCAAGCCGCCAUCGACGAGACGUUAGCUCUGAAAUUGUCAAUGAAGUCAUCAAGUCAUCACAAGCUUUGUACAACUACUUGAAUAUAAUUGACGAGAUAUUUGGAGACAAAAAGGUGUUUGAUCUUGAUGCCACUUGGUACAAUGGUUUCAAGUUGGCCAUAGCUGAUGACAGCGUUUCGGGAUCGCUGCUGUCCAAGAGUGAAGUGUCUUCCAUUACAAGUCCUUUUAAUGAGACCCAACGAGCAACACUGCACAAGUUCCUGAUCCGCUGGAACAACACGGUGGCUGCCUGGCAGAAUGGAUCACUGAUUAGACUGUCAUCUGAUGCUAACGUCAUUCCAUACAACAAGCUGAAUAGACCGUUUAAUCAGUAUAAACGGGACAGCAAGAAGGCCAAAGAUAGAGGAUAUGGAUCUAUAUUUGACUACUUUGACAAUACAGUACAAACUUAUAACAAUAAUGAGAGAAAAAAGAAGGGUGGUGAUGAUGGUGUCUGUGCCAAGGUGCGAGUGAGGAUUGUACAAGAACUUGUUCUUACGAGAGACGCUUUCAAUGCUCGUCUUGAAAUUGAGAAUGGUGAGGAUUCAGCCUUGGAAGACAUCAGAGUGACAAUCAAUAUCCAGGCAACGUAUGGAGAUGGAACUGCAGCUGACAACUUAUUUUCUAUAGGUUCCCCGAAGCUGUCUGGUCUGACUGGUGUUGAUGGAACCGGCUCACUGGGUAGGGGUGUCUCAGGGUCUUCAGAAUGGCUCAUCAUCCCAUACUCCACAGCUGCCGUCAAGGAUGACACACUGUAUGACGUCGGUGGACGACUGUCCUAUACUGUUGCUGGUUCAAAUUUCUCAGUUCCCCUUCUUCCAGAUACCAUAACAGUGAAACCAAACCCCAGUCUCAUAGUGCACUAUUUCCAUGACAAAUAUGUCCAAGGUGAUGAUCCAAUGACAAAGAACAUUACAGAGCCAGUUGUUCCAUUUUCUCUUGCUGUCAUGAUAUCCAAUGGCGCUUAUGGCACAGCACGUCAGUUAAAAAUUACAUCGGCCCAGCCAGAAAUUAUUGAAAAUGAAAAAGGAUUGCUGAUUUCUUUUAAAAUAAUUGGAGCACAGCUGGGGAACAAACCUGUUACUCCAUCCUUGUCGAUCAACUUUGGCGAUAUUGAUUCUUUUGAAACAAAAACAGCGAGGUGGCUGUUAACAUCCUCACUAAAAGGCAAGUUCUACAACUACUCUGCUACUUUCGAGAAUAUCAAUCCACUUGGAGACCCACAGCUCUCUGUUCUGGAGAAACUGGACUAUCACGAUCUCAUCCAUUUGGUCCGGAUCGAACAUCCAGAUGAUGAUCAGCUUGAUGAUUUCUUGGUCAAUGAUGUUGUCGACGAAGAUGAGUUGCCCGAUGCACUCUAUGACAGUUCAAAUGGGUUCUACUCGACUCAUGUAGUUGUCAGCCAGGUCGUGAAGUUUCAGUUUGUCAAAACAGAUACACACCAAUCCAGCACCUAUACAAUUGUAAACCUUUCAGUAUCAGUGUCUAGUGACGAUACAGAUGUUUAUGGGUACACACGAGUAGUUAACAACGUAACUCAACUCCCUUUGGUCCAGGUAAUCAGAUCAGAUGGAAAACAGAUACUGGUGGGAAAGAAUGCAUGGUUGACCUCUCAUUACCACGAUACGAAUUACCUUCAUGUCUUUGAUUUGUACAGAAAUGCAUCAGCACGUGCAUCGUAUCAAUUAAUUUUUGGACGAGGUAAACCAUACAUCUCCAUUUCAAAAAAUGUAACUGAUGUCACCUCUCGAACUCAUACUAAUGCUGAAACUAGUGUGACCUCUGCAAUUCAAACUGAUGGUGAAACUAGUGUGACCUCUGCAACUCAAACUGAUGGUGAAACUAGUGUGACCUCUGACACUCAAACUGAUGGUGAAAAUAUUGUGACCUCUCCAUCUAACUUGAGACCCAAUGACACCAGACCUGCACCAACAACACCACAUCUUACAGCAUCAGCCACAGCAAUAAAAGCGGUUGUGGUGUCUGUAGUUGCUAUAACCAUGUACUCGAUGUCAUUAAUAAUCAUACAUAAUUAAUUGAUCUCAUUCAGAACUUAAUUCUGAAUAUAUCGAUUCAUUAUUAGUGAUGUGUUUCUGUACCACAGAAGACGUCAUUAUUUUAUAAUGAAACAAAAUGUUGUGGGCUGGUAAAUGUAAACAUGUUAAUGCCAACAAGUCGACGAGUUUCAAAAUACUAAUGAUUUUGUCAUUCAUAUUACGAACGUUUGGAUCAAGUGGAUUUCAAAUCAUUGUUUUUAUUCUGUCUAGAACAUUUAAUUAUCCAGGUCAAGAAGUCCCACUCAAGAUUUCCUCAUUUGAUUGUAUAAUAGUUAAAUGCAAACUACUAAAUAUUUCAUUUUGCACACAAACUGUUAUAUAUUGGAAACCAGUUAACUUUUACUUAGAUUAUAACAUACAUUUCGCAUUCUGUUACUUGCAAAUUGUUGUUUCGAUAUUCGGCCUAUCUCCAACAGUGGCAGAACCCUAAGUUUUAUAAGACAACAACGUUUAAAAAUAUAACUUGUAUUGAUCAGGAAGGGCGUGCAACUUUUAAAAAGAGCAUCUUCAGUAUUUAAAAAUACAUCAACUUGCGUUCCCAAGAUCACCACUAGUUUCACACUAUAAAUAAAUAAAUCAGUUGUUUUCCUUUUUCUAUACACUCGAUAUUUCGGGGCACUUCGAAUUCAAGGGGUGCGCAACCCGUACCCCAGUAUCCGCACAUGGAUCCACACCUGCUAUGGUCUAUAUUUUAUAGAAUUGAUAUUGUUUGUUUAAUUGCGAAUUUUCUUUUGUGUUUGCAUGUUUAUUUUGUUAUUGUUGAUGUUUGUUUUCCUUUUUUGUGGGUCUCUCUCUCUCUCUCUCUCUCUCUCUCUCUCUCUCUCUCUCUCUCUCUCUCUCUCUCUCUCUCUCUCUCUCUCUCUCUCUCUCACUGUUGUGGUUGUUAUUAUAUAGCUUCUUGUUUUAACUAGAUUGUGGUUUUGGUUGAACGCCUGUAUAUGGCUUAGUACUACAUUUUAUAGUUUUCUAGAAUAUAAUUUGCUUUUGUUUUCUACUCUAUAGUUUAUUAUUUUCACCAGAUGUUUAAAAAAUAUUUACUGUGUUUUGGAGGGAGUAUUUGUGUGUGUGUGUGUGUGUGUGUGUGUGUGUGUGUAUGCGCGUGCGUGUGUGUGUGUCUGUGUGUGUUGGUUUUAUUACUUUUUAUAUUUUGUUUUUAUUUUGUUUACCUUUAAAUUUCGUUUAAUUUAAUUGAUAUUUUUGCUUUGGUACUCAGCUUAUUAUUUUAACCAGAUUAGAGUUUUGGUAUAUGGUGUAGUGCUAUUUUCAUUUCUAGGGAAUAUAUUUGUUAUUUUUGCUAUCUGUUAUAAUAUGUAAUUUCAAUCAGAUUAUGAUUUUGGUUGAAAACCUGUUUACAAUGUAGCUUUAUUUUAUUUUAUUUUUUUAUAGAAUACAUUUUGUAGUUUGAUAGUUUUUAUUCUGUUAAAGGCAUAUUGUCACAGAUCACUGACCUAUUUAAUGGUCUAACAAAGUAUUACCGGAACA